AGAGUGCCGUCAACUUGGGUUCAAUAAGGCUGAAUUAAAGUGUCACUACUGUCAGCCGCUGCUUGAACACACAGGCAGUGAGGGACUGCAUGGAGAGUGUCUCGCCUGCUGCGCCGCCGAAGAUCAGACACCGCAGCGCACCUACGCCCGCGCUCGCAUUGAGCAAAGGGGUAUUUCUUAUCUCGUCGAGGAGACACGUAGUGAACUUGGCAUGUUUUACAAGGCAUAUAAGAAUAAAUUUGGGAACCGUCUUCGGUUAGUCGAAAAGUUCUCGUUUUACGGGCCGCGUCUUGUGCUAGAGGACGGUAAUGGUGGAGAGGAUUUUGAGAUUGGCAUCACGGGUUGGACGAAGGACACUUUGCACGACUACUUGGUGCAGGCACUGGGCAUGCAGCCAAAAAAGGAAUAA